GUGCAUUCUGGGGAAUGUGGUUUGCGGAGACGCUUCGCUGGGUGGCGGAGCCAGUUCCGAGAAACCACGGUCUGGGAAGGAAGCGUCGGUCUAAUUCUCACCCCCACGGCCCAGGCUUGGGUCCUCAGCGGGUGCGCUCUGGAAGGGCCCAGCUGCUGGCAGGACUGCUUUUCCUGAACACGCUGCAAGCACGUGAAGGUAGUUGGGAGUCCACUAGCCAUGGAUAAAUUCGUCAUUCGAACGCCUAGAAUCCAGAAUAGCCCUCAGAAGAAAGAUCCUGGUGCAAAGAUUUAUAAGCAGGCCACGAUUGAAUCUCUUAAGAGAGUUGUGGUUAUAGAAGACAUUAAAAGGUGGAAAACUACGUUGGAGCUUCCUGGUCAGACCAGAGAGAAUCUAGUUGAAGCUUUACGAGAAUUAAAGAAGAAAAUACCCUCCAGGGAAGUGUUAAAAUCAACAAGGAUAGGUCACACUGUGAAUAAGAUGCGUCAGCACUCAGAUUCAGAAGUGGCUUGUCUUGCUGGAGAAGUUUACACUGAGUGGAGAACUUUCAUUGAAAAACAUUUAGAUAGACCUUCUAUUGAAGUGCGAAGUGACCCCAAAACUGAGACAUUCAGGAAAAAUGCCCAGAAGUUACUCUCAGAAGCCUUGGAAUUAGAGAUGGAUCACCUACUGGUUGAAAAUAUUGAGCGGGAAACGUUUCAUCUCUGCUCCCGCCUCAUUAAUGGGCCAUACCGGCGGACGGUGAGAGCCCUGGUCUUCACAUUAAAGCACCGAGCUGAAAUCCGGGCUCAGGUGAAGAACGGCUCGCUGCCAGUCGGCACGUUUGUACAGAACCACAAAAAAUGACCCGAGGAUGGUUCCAAAGCUGGGCUGGGCAGAAAGCAAAAUGGGCCUCUCUCUGCCAUUCAAAGACUCUUUUGAGUUUGGGUGAUGGCUGCUGCUGGUGGUGCUAAAUUUUCCCAUGGUGCCAUUCCUUCAGACAGAGGAUGCGGAGAGCCCCGGGAGCCAGGCCUGCGGGAGAUGCUUCAUUAGCUGUAUGCACUUGCGCUGCCUCACGGGACGUGCGCUGGCUGUCACUAGGAAGCGCGGUAUGGUUGCCAUCACCCAACCCAGUGAAAGGGUGACAGAUUUCACUGUGAGUGCGCCAAGGACACCUCUAAACUUCCCCCAUGUCAGGCAGAUGAAGUUACUACUUUAUUUCGCCACCCUGCAGGUAACUGAAACUCAAUUACUGUGGCUGCACACUCAGUUCCAUCCCCCUGAGUUUAGAUAGCUCUGGUGCCUCUCAGAACUCCCCUGUCUGUUCUCUUUGCUCUACCCCGGGGGUGAGCCUGCUGGAGCCAGCCAACUACCCCUUCUUUCCAGAACUCACUUAUCUGAACAUUUCAGCUCUCCCUGGAAGACCUUCUGCAUUGGUCUCCAGAGCCCCCAUGCUGAGGCUUCUAAUGAGGAACUGGCCUGAAGCGUCCCCCUACCUUGGGGUUUAUUUGAAUACGCUGGCUCUUGGUUUAGGGCUCCGUAGAAGAUACAUAAUGAAAUUUCUCUUGAAAUGAAUUACCACAGUAGAAAAAAACACAUCUAUAUUCUGAAAUGAAAUGCCUCUGUACAGGCCUGCUUGAACAAUUACAUAAAUGAGAUUUGCUCUUUUAAAGUCAUAAUAAACUGGGACUUUUUUUUUUUUUUUGCCUAAAACAAAAGGUAUGGCCUAUUCAUUGAAAAGUAUUUGGGGUUGAGAAAGGGGACAGUUGGUGAAAAUAAAGAAUGACUGGAUGAGAAUUUGAGGGAGAUAGCAAUACCCAAGGAAAGCUUUUUAGGUUAGGGCAGAUGAGAGCAUGUUUAUAAUCUGAAGAGAAGGAGCCAAUAGAAAGGAAGAGAUUAAACUGUUUAAAAAGAGGGGCUAAGUUCAAAAGCAAGGAGAAAAGAGAGGGGCCUAAUGUCUACCUUCUAAGUGCUAGAGACCAUUCCUAAGCUAAUUUGUUAGCAUUUACAUUGAUGUUUAUUGUAGGGUCUUAAAAAUCCUGUUUAACCUUCUCAUUCUUGCGUUAGUAAAUAUUGUUUCAGUUUUUUAGAUUUCUUCAUUUAUUUAGCACUUAUUUACUGAGCACCACUCCUCGGGGCACUGUGGGACCGACCGAGUGGUAGCAGCAGAUGAGACCCUGAGGCUCACCAGGCAGAAGUGUCUUGCUCAGUUCCCCACUGCUAAUAACUGUUGGAGCUAGAAUAAUAAUCGAGCACUUAACCACGGGCUCGGCACUGUGGUAGACAUUUAAAAAACUCCUAACAAACCAAAUAAAAAAGUAAAACUAAUAAACUAAUACCUAAUUAAAGAUGAGGAAAGUGAGGCUCAGAAGGGCUGGUAACUUACUCGGGGUCGCACACAGAUGGUGAAUGGCAGGUUCAAGAUCCAAAACUGAAGUCUACUUGAUAUAGAUGGUCUUCCUGGUUGAUUUCGUCCACGCAUGCCCUUAGGCAUUUCGUAUAUGCCGAUGACUCUCCAGUUUGUGUCUUCAGACCCCUGAGCUUCAGACAGAAUCUCCUAGAUGCGCAUCUCAGAGGUAACAUGUCUUUUUGUACUUGGCAAUACUGGCACGUUAGCCAGGAGCCUGGGGGUCAGCCUAAGCUCUUCAUCCCCUCACCCCCCCUCACCCCCCACCCACCCAACCAAAUCCUGAUGGUUUUACUUCUCACCUAGGUUUACAGUCUCUUGUCUCUCCUCCAUAUUUAGCACAACUUCAGGACUUUAUCCUCUCUUUCCCAGGUGAUCACAUGCCCCGCUAACUUAUCCCUCUGCCUCUAGUCUUAACCUCUUCAAAUUGGCCUCUCUGUGCUAGAAACAAAGUGACAUACCAAAACUGAAAAUCCCACUGUGUCACUCCCCCUUGGAGCAUUUUCACAUGUGAGCGUUUUCUCUCUCUGGAAUGCUACUCUCUAUCUAAUUCCCUCCCCUGCCCCUUCUGUAAUACCCUGUUCUAUAUACAUACUCACAUGUUCUCUGGGUAUCCCCACUCGAUUGGAACCUCCUUCAGAAGUCCUGCCAGAAGUCAGAAGUCCUGUCUUACUCCUCUAGGUAUCUUCAAUCCUUAGAACAGUGCUUGUCCCAUAGAAAUACCCAAUACGUACUUGUGGAAUUAAUGGAUAUCCAGGCGCCUAUGCCCUGUCUACCUCCACCUUUGUUCCCCUUAGAAUCUAUUAUCCGCUAGGGUAGGUAGAGUGAACCUUUAAAAAUGUGAAACAAAUCAUGUAUUUACUCUGCUCAAAACCUAGUGGCUUCCCUCUCAGAGCAAAAUUCCAAGCCCUUCCAAUGUCCUCCCAGGCCCAACAUGAUGUGGAUCCUGGCCGCCUCUUUGACCUCACUUCGUAACAUUCUCUCCCUUUCUUACACCUGUGUGGUCCUACUGGCUCCCUUGCUGUUCUGAACACACACACCAGACAUGUUCCUACCUCAGGGCCUUUGCACUUAAACUCUUGCGCUGAUUACAAUGCCCUUUUUAUAGAUACUUGCGUGUUCCUAUUUUCACUUGAUUUGGGUCUCUGUUUGCCUUAUCAGAAAGGCCUUCACUGACUCCCCUAAACAAAACAGCACUCUCUCCCAAUCAUUUUUUAAUACUCUACCUUGCUUUAUUUUUGUUCAGAGUAUUCAUCCCCUUUCUUGAUACAGUUUAUUAUUUCUUUAUUGCCUAUCACCCCACCUCCUAUAAGAAUUUAAGCUUCCUUUUUUUAAAAUUUUUUUAAUGUUUAUUUAUAUUUGAGACAGAGAGAGAGCAUGAGCAGGGGAGGGGAAGAGAGAGGGGGAGUCAGAGGAUCUUAAGCGGGCUCUGCGCCGACACAGCCCGAUGUGGGACUUGAACCCACAAACCGUGAGAUGACCUGAGCCAAAGUCAGGUGCUCAACUGACUGAGCCACCCAGACGCCCCAAGAAUUUAAGCUUCUUGAUAGCAAGAGUCUUUGUUUUUGUUCCUACUAUACCUCCAGCACCUAGAACAGAGGCUGGCACAAACUUCGUCUCCAUAACUGUUGAUUGAAUAAUUGAAUGGCCAGUUGUAGGCAUACAGGAAAGUCAUCUAAUCCAAUCAGGGAAUGCUUCCUGGGGGAGGUGACAACCUGUGUGCAGUCUGAAAGGGCAGAAGUAGGUAAUUGGGUGGUUGAGGUGUAUGCCUGGCAGAGAAAGCAGAGUAUGGAAAGCCCUGGAACUGUGAUCCCUAGGGGGUGAUUGGUAUAGCUGGAGUAGAGAACACAUGCAGGAGAGUACCUGGGGAUGAGGCCGGAUGGGAGGGCAAGGACCAGGACAAAUCUGAAGGGUCUUGAGCACAAAAUGAAGAGGUUUGGACUGAUUGCAAGCAGGAACUAGUUAGUUUCUUAUUACCGGGCUGUGUGGAAGAGAAGCUAGAGCAGGGAGAGCUGGGCAGGAGGAGGAAGCUUCAUUUAUAAACAUCCAAAGAGUUCCGCUAACUUAGGAACCCAGAGUAAGUUGAAAACAAAUUGCUGUCUAGCUGAAAGGCUUCAGUGGUGAUAGUUAGAAAGUGAAAUGAUUGCAGAGAUGUGCUUUGGAGAUUUGGAAGGCAGGCUGUGUUAUUUGUGGCUGUUUUCUCCUUGAUGCAUGUGCAGAAUUUCCAUGCAUGGUAAUGGAGCUAUUCUGAGUGCUUGCCAAAGGGAAGGAGGCUCACAGACACCCACGUAUGCUUGUCCACCCACAGAGAAGCACCUCUGAGCUCCAGCCUGUUACAAGUGAAAGGGACAGCUCCUGAAAAGGGGUGAGAGAGGUCCCUAGGACUCUGAGUUACCUGUAAGUCUACGCAUGAAUAUGUCUUCUGUAUUUACUUGCGGUAGGAAAUUAGGAAAUUAAGUACCAUUAGAGUCUGCUCCGCUAGUUUAUUGGUCCUUUUUUGGUGGUUGAAUCAGAGGUCCUGGGCCCUUGGGUAGGGGCUGGGUCUUUUCAUUCAUUUGCUCAAUGAACAGAUGUUGCCCAUCUACUGUGUGCCCAUGACUGGACUGGCACUGGGGAAACCGCAAUAAAUGAGAUAUAAUUUCUACCUUUGGGAAGCUCUUAGUCUGGUGGCGACACAGACACAUAGGUAAAUAAUUAUACAUAUAUAUAUAUAUACAUGUAUAUAUAUACACACACAAUAAUUAUACAUAUAUUUACAUAGGCAAAUAAUUACAGUAUAAGAUAAUAUGUAUUUACUGGAGAUAUUUAGUUAAAAUGUUGAGAAGGUGGGAAAAGGAAUGAUUCACACCAUUCUAAGGGAAGAAAGUCUUCACAGAGCAUUGAUGUUUGAACCAAAUCUUGAAGUAGAGGUAGGAGUUCUUAGCAGAGGGAGCAGCGUGUGCUCAGAGGCACAGGUGUAAAGGCUUGUUUCACUAGAGGCAAAUGUGUGUUGGAAGCAUAAGGCUCUUGGAAUGGUGGGCAGAAAUGGGGCAAAAAAAAAAAAAGUGGCCAGGGCCGUGGAGACAUUAUGCAGGAGUUGGACUUUGACCUUCAAAUAAUGGGAGGCCAUGAGAUGUGUUUGAGCAAGUGAGGGACCUAGUAAGGUGUGUGUUCUACAAAGAUCAAAAUGUUCCUACGUAAAAACGUAUUUAAGAAAAAAAAAAUUGGGGGCGCCUGGGUGGCGCAGUCGGUCAAGCGUCCGACUUCAGCCAGGUCACGAUCUCGCGGUCCGUGAGUUCGAGCCCCGCGUCGGGCUCUGGGCUGAUGGCUCAGAGCCUGGAGCCUGUUUCCGAUUCUGUGUCUCCCUCUCUCUCUGCCCCUCCCCUGUUCAUGCUCUGUCUCUCUCUGUCCCAAAAAUAAAUAAACGUUGAAAAAAAAAAAUUUUUUUUUAAAAAAGAAAAAAAAAAUUAUUAACCCAAAAGCUUAAGACAAAGGAAAGACACGCUUGAGAGUCAGUAAAUGAGAGAUUUUUUUUUUUUUUUUGACAAAUGAAGUUUAGAGUUGACCAAACAGAUAUCAUUAGAGAGUCCCAGGUUUGAAAAAUGGCAGGAGGCUGAGAUAAUGCAUUUACUUUGUUCAGUGGUGAAGGAUCAGGCAGCUGGCCUUUUUUCAUUUAUAGAAUAUCAGGUUCUUAAACUUGUGCAUGUCAACCUUGGUUUUCUUUUGCUGCAGCCUCAGGCCUCAGAGCCUCACUCUGAGAUUUGUAAUGUGUUUUGGAUGCGUUUAUCACAGGCAAAUGGGGCGGGGGCUCAGCUUGUUACUGCCCAUUACUGCUAUCAAAGGGAGUCCAUCCAGAAAACAAGGCUUUGGGAGCUUUGAUUAGGUCAGUGACACUGCCUUCGUUUCAAAAGAGAGAUGGUUUGUUUGGAUAACAUUGUAUUUUCUUUUAAGUCAACCAAAAUAAUAAAAUUGCUGUCAGGGAUAGGCUUACCCAAAAGCAAAGGAGCUUAGUCUCAAGAUCCCAAGAAUACCAGGAUGUCCAGUCAAAUGCUACUUGUUCAUCUUGUUAAGAUCACUCACUCAGUGUGUAUGUAUUGAGCUCUUACGAGCCAGGUCCGGGGGGCACAGGGAUAAAUGAGACAUAGUCUCUGGCCCCACAGUCUAAUGAAAGAAACAGAUAAACCAUUAAAAAAAGACAAAUGAUUGUGAAUUCUGGGAAUUCAAAGGAAAGGAAAUAAGCCAAUAAACAUAUUAGAAGAUGCUCAACCUUACUAAUAAAAGGGGAAUGGCAAAGAUCAGUGCCAUCCUUGAGGACGUAAAGGAUGCAGGGGCAGUGAUUCUCAUCGUCUUCAUUUCAUUCACUGAUCUGGCCCCUACACAAAUCAAGUGGUUCCUGGAGGAUGACUGUGGAUUACGGCAAAAUCAACCAAGUGCUGGUUCUGCUUGCGGUGCUGUGCCAAAUGUGGUGUCUGUCCUAGCGCACAUUCGCAUGUUCUCAGGUCCACAGUAUAAAGCUAUGGACCUGGUGAGUGUGUUUCAUCUCCUUCCCCAUCAGAAGCAAAGAUCAGAGUUCAUAUUCCCUUGCAACAGACAAAAGUACACAAUUACCAUCUUGCCCCAGGGCUGUUGAGCUUCCUGCCCUCUCACGACCUAGUCUGAGAAGACCUAUACUGCCUAGAUACCUUGCAGAACAUCAACUUGGACCAGAUGAGCAAUGAGCAAGUGUACUGGAAGCCUUGAUGAGACACAUGCAUUGCAGAGAGCGGAAGAACACGCUAUGAAGAUUCAGAGGCCUGAUAGACAUCUCAGUGAAAUUUGUAGGGACCAGUAGUCUGGGAUAUGCCAGGGAUAUAUCUUCCAAAGUGAAAGAUAAUGGUGAUUGCACCUCCCACCUCCACCCCGCCUGAAGAAGGAAGCUCAAUGUCAGGUGGGCCCCCUUGGGUUUUGGAGGCAGCGCAUUUCCCACCUGGGAAUACUGCUCCACCCCAUAUCAGAUGACACAGAAGGCUGCCAGUUUUGAUGCUGGCCCAGAAUGGGAAAGGGCUCAGCAGCAGAACCAGACUAUACAAGUAGCCAUAUGAUCUGGCAGAAACCAUGGUAUUUGAGGUAUAUGUAGUGGGAAAAGAUACAUAUGGAGUUCGCGACAAGGCUGAGUAGGAGACAAUAUAGACCCUUGGGGUUCUGGAGCAGGGCCAUGCCAUCUGUAGCCAGGAAUAACACACUUUUCAAAAAAUAGCUUCUGAUUUGCUGAGCGUUCUGGUGGAAACAAAACAGAUCAUCUGACUGCAGAACAUCAAGUUGACCAUGGAACUAAAGCUGUUCAUCGUAAGGUAGAUUCUGUCAGAUCCACCAAAUCAUAGGGUCACACAAGGCCCAAUUCAUCAGGAUAGACAUGGUACAACUGGGAUUUGGCACAACAGGGCCAAAGGGCAAAAGACAGCUGCAUGAGCGAUGGCCCAGACAUUUAUGUCAUCCACCAUCUUUGCACCAGUGCCUCUCCCUGAGGUCACCUAUGGCUGCCUGAGGACCUCCUUAUAUCCAGCAGGAGGAGAAAAAAAGCCAAGCUUUGUUCAUGGGUGGGUCAGCUCAGUAUGUGUGAGUAAGCCAAAAAUAGACUGUUGCUAUACUGCAGGCCCCACUGCAGUGUCCUUGAAAGACAGUAGAGGAGGAAAUUCUUCCAGUGGACAAGCUCUGAAUAGUACACCCAGUCAUCCACCUUUUGUGGAGAGACAGAGGGCCCAUCGUUAGAAGACACAUGGGUCUAGUGGGCAGUGGUGAAUGGCUUGGCUGGUUGGUUAGAGGCCUGGAAGGAUAAGUUUGAAAAUCAGGGACAAAGAGGUCUGGGGUAGAGGCACGUGGAUAGACCUACGAGAGUGGGCAUCAAGUGUGAAGUUCAUUGUAUUCCAUGUUAACACCCACCAGAGAAUGUAUACCACAGAAGAAGCAUUAAACAAAUACAAGUAGCCAUGCUACUUGUGAACCAUAUGAUCUAGCAGAAUCCAUGGUAUUUGACCAUGCAGCCAAAGCUGUUCAUCAUAAACUGGGUUCUAUCAAAUCCACCAAAUCAUGAAGUCACACAGUCCCUAACAAACUUCCUGUACGCUAAUCUCCAUCUCAUGGUCUACCUUCCAGGGAACGGACCUGCAACAUAGCUCUUCUAAUUGCUGGUAACAACUCUUAAAUCGGAUGUCAGCAAAAUUUUCUAGAAAGGGACAGAAAAAGUCUGGUUUGCAGGCCAUAUGAUCUCUCACAACUACUCAACUCUGGCGUUAUAGUACAAAAGCAGCCAUAAAUCAUACAUAAAUGAAUGAGUGUGGCUGUAUUCCAAAAAACUUUCCAAAGGCAUGUGGUAGGUGGCAUUCGGUCCACGGCCUUAGUUCGCCAACCCCUACUCUAAAGAAAUAUUUUUACAAGCGUACCAAGUAGGCGUUACAAAAAUUUAAUUGCAGCAUGGUCUGUAGUAAAAUUUUAGAAGUAAUCUUACACUAAAAAAAGGAAGGUUACAUAAAUUGUGGUAUUUAUAGAUUUUGGAAUAGUAUGCAGCAUCUAAGAAGAAUGAGUUUAGAUCAAAAAGCAGCACUGUCCAAUAGAAAUAUAACAUGAGCCAGCCACAUACAUAAUUUUGAAUUUUCCAGGAGCCACAAUGAAAGCUGUAGAGAGAAACAGAUGAAAUUAAGAAUAUAUUUGAGAGGCACCUUUGUGGCUCAGUCAGUUGAAUGUCUGACUUCGGCUCAGGUCAUGAUCUCGUGGUUUUUUGAGUUCGAGCUCCGUGUUGGGCUCUGUGCUGACAGCUCAGAGCCUAGAGCCUGCUUUGGAUUCUGUAUCUCCUUCUCUCUCCGCCCCUUCCCUCCUUGCACUCUGUGUGUGUCUCUCUCUCUUUCUCUCUGUCUCGAGAAUAAAUAAACAUUUUAAAAAAGGAGACAUAUAUUUGAGCUCUCUACACUGAAGAUAUUAUCACUUUAACAUGUAAUUAACAUAAAAAUUAUUUAUGAGAUAUUUUACAUUCUUUUUUUGUACUGAGUUUUUGCAGUCUGAUGGGUAUUUUACAUUUAACAGCCCAUCUCAAUUUGGGCCAACCACAUUUUCAAGUGUUCAGUAGCCAUGUGUGGCUAGUGCUACUGUAUUGGACAGCAUAGAUCUGUACUGAAAAUCUGUUACUGCCACGGAGACGCCACUGAUACAUAUAUGGUUUAGUGAAAAAGGGAAGGUACCACUUUGGUAUGAACCACUUCAGUAAAGGGGAAACACUCCACGAACAUAUUGAAGAAGAAGAUGUAUACACAUGUGUACCCAAUUUAGAAUGAGGCUUUGGGUGGAGCGAUGGAGGGACUCACUCUCUCCUUACCUGAUUUUUUACAAUAAACUUUUUAUUUGUGGAUAA